AUGGAUUGCAAUCCAGCUAUCACCACGGUCUCUCUCGGGUCGUGCAACUUUCACAGCAUUACCAAAAAGAUUGAUGAAGCCGCCCGAAAUGGAUUCAAGGCAAUCGAACUCUUUAUCGAUGACCUCGAGGCCCUCGCCAGAAGCAUCAGCUCGACACCUGCUACCUCCGUCCCUUCUCAUGAAUCUGUGUUAGCCGCUGCUCAUCAGAUUCGCAAGCAGUGUGACAAGUUAAACGUUGUCAUACUCAACCUCCAGCCUCUGCGCUUCUACGAGGGCUUGGUUAGUCGCAAAAAGCGCAACCAAAUCCUAGACGAGGUACUUCCGAUAUGGAUGGACGCGCUGAAGAUCCUAGGUGCAGACACUAUUCUGGUCCCCUCAAAUUUCCUUCCCGAAGACCCUGCGACUGGACUCCCCCAGACAGUCGGAGAUUUUGACAUAAUCGUUGAAGAUCUCCGUGUUCUGGCAGCACGAGGCACCCAACAUGGACACUCCAUCAAAUUCGCCUAUGAGGCACUCGCCUGGGGCACACAUGUUAAUACAUGGGAAAAGUCGUGGAAAAUCGUCCAGGCAGUCGAUCGGCCGAAUCUAGGCCUCGCCCUGGACACGUUCAACAUAGCCGGCGCCAUCUAUGCCGAUCCCACCACAGAAGACGGUCGUAUUGCGGAUACGGCGGAAGCCGAUCUCUCUGCCUCAUUGGGCCGUAUGGCCUCUAAUUUGGAUGUCAGCAAGCUGUUUAUCGUCCAGAUAGCCGACGGGGAGCGUCUCAGCCAGCCGCUCCGCCCAGGUCACGCUUUCUAUGUUGAAGGCCAACCCAGUCGACUGAGCUGGUCUCGACACUGUCGGCUUUUCCUUUGUGAGAGUGACCGCGGAGGUUUCUUGCCUGUUCUUUGUAUACUCAAGGUUAUUCUGGAUCUCGGCUGGAAGGGGUACCUUGCGUAUGAGGUCUUCUCGCGUUCAUUGGCAAACAGUGAUCACCGGACACCAGCGCAACAUGCAGAGAGGGCGAAGCUAUCCUGGGAGGCGCUCUGCAGGAUUUCAGGGACUAAGAUGAUUCAUACUGAACACACUGAACCUACCAGUCCCAGUGGGUUCCAGUUACCCGGAAUGGGAUUAUUCGAGACAGUGGUGCAUGAGGUGGAGAGAGGGAUAGAAACAGGGUUCUCGUUUGGAAAAAUUGUAUUAUAA